CAAAAAGUAUCCAGUCUACCGGAAACGCAGAAGAAGAAGGGGGCAGGAGGCAGAAGAAGACGUGUCAAAUUCUGUCGCCAUUCCCGAAGACGGAAACGCCUUAAACAAGGGAGAAAAUUACGACGAUAAGAGUUAGUUUUGCCAAAGGAAAUUCCCAUCUACAUUCAGCAUGGGGAAUUUUUUUGCAACUCUUUUUAGCGGGUUUGGAAGGAAGGAGAUGCGAAUCCUAAUGGUGGGUCUAGAUGCUGCUGGAAAGACAACGAUUCUGUACAAGCUCAAACUGGGAGAGAUUGUGACCACCAUUCCCACAAUAGGCUUUAAUGUAGAGACUGUAGAGUACAAGAACAUCAGUUUUACAGUGUGGGAUGUUGGUGGUCAAGACAAAAUUCGACCAUUGUGGCGUCAUUACUUCCAAAACACACAGGGAGUCAUCUUUGUUGUGGACAGCAAUGACAGAGAGCGUUGUGCAGAGGCUAGAGAAGAACUCCUCAGAAUGUUGGCAGAGGAUGAGCUCCGUGACGCUGUUCUACUAGUACUGGCCAACAAACAGGAUCUCCCAAAUGCCAUGAAUGCUGCAGAACUCACAGACAAGCUGGGGCUUCACAACCUGCGAAACAAAAAGUGGUACAUCCAGGCAACCUGUGCCACCUCUGGGGAUGGUCUUUAUGAAGGACUUGAUUGGUUAUCGAACACACUCAAGAAGUCUUAAUUACUGCCAUCCAAAACUCAUUUACCCCACCAGUCUCUGUCCACACUUGCAUACUCCUAUGGUGGUGCAAUAAUGAGCUACUUAGUCCAAAAUACACACUGGAGGCUGUUUUCUCCUGUUGUCAUAACCACAAACAGGGCAGCAGUGGUUGGGUUCUAUUCACAUAAUUUGUUUAAUUUUAUGUAAUUGUAAAUAGAUUUGGCAGUGGUGUGGCUUCAUGCACCAUUUUGGAUCCUGUUGUUUGGGGUUUUUUUUUUGUUUGUUUGUUUGUUUGUUUUUUCCCCUCUUUGGUCGAUGGGCAGCCACGGGUGCAUUGAAUAGAUGAAAAGGAGGCAGGAAUGAGAACUUCAUACAUAGUUUUCAAAUGCAACCUGGUGACUUGUGUGGUGAAAUGUACUCUAAAGUACAGUUCUAUUCACAAAGAAAUACUUCUAUUAUGUUUGUAAAGUAAAGCACUAAUUGCAGUUGCUAGAGUUACUACAACUAGUAACCACAUGCACCAGCUUCACAGGUUGCCAUUUAGUCAUUACUGGGGUAUUUUGCGCACCAGUAUCUGACAUAAUUUUAUUACCCACUUAAGAAAUUUUCAUCUGUAAAGAAAUUACUGACCUUGUCUUACAGAGAAAUGGCUUGAACUUAGCUUUGCUACAACAAUCUUGUCUCUUUAUAUCCCUUCUUUUUUUUUUUUUUUUUUUUAAGGCAGUAGUCCUGAUCUGUUGGGUUUUUGUAUUUCUGAUUUCUCAGGGUGAUCAUAUGCUGCCUCUGCAAUAUACAGUAUGUGCUGAGAAACACUGAAUUGUGUGUUUUAAAGGGCAUGCAUAUUUAUGACUAUGACAAAUAUAAUUUUCUCAGCUAACAGUUACUAAAUUUUCCAACUAAUGAGUAACACAUGACCGCCCCCUCCACCCCAAUUCUCCCUUGUGUUUUUGUUAAUGCUUCAAGCAUGUAUGGUCCAUUUUUUAAUUCAUGAUCUGGAAAAUGUCAAUCAGGCUAUACAAAAAAAAAUUUCUGUUGAGUUAUUACUCAAUUGUCAUUGUGUUUUUUUCUAUGGAAUGCUAUCUCGGUGGACAUUACAUGCGCCUUCUUACUCAACUCUCAACUUCUCACAUUGCCUUUUUAUUUUAAAGCUUUUUUUCCACUUGGGUGUUGGUUGUAUUUUAUUUUUCUGUGUGGCAUUUAGUAUAUUUUAACUGCAACCUCUUUAAAAUUUUGAAAUGUUGAUUUUUUUUUUUUUAUGAGGGUUUUUGUUUUGCGAGGAGGAAAGCACUGUAAAAAUUAGUAAGAAUUUGAGCCUGAUUUUCAUUGUUACACGUCAUACAAUAAAAUUAAUCAAUGUAAAGAUACAUAAUGUAGAACCCCUUUAUUAUCUCUAGGAAAAAUGUAAUUAUCAAAUUAUUAUAAGGAAAUAUGGAAUUAUGUUAACUGCAUAUUUUUUACCUGAGAAGGAAUUCAAAAUAUUGUGGUUGGUAUGAGUGUAUAUAUGUUUAUUAAUAUGUUUUUCAAGCAAAUGUAGAAUUAAAAGGUCAUUCUUAAUGAGGGCUGUA